UUUCCCAGCAGGCCAUUGGGCCAGAGCUCAAAGCCCUAAAGAGGUUUAAGUUCAGAGGAUCAUACGACAGCUGGACACGGAAACAGAGCAGAGAGAGCUACAGCAGACAUGCCUCUCAAACGAGAAGAUACAGAGCGAGCGCUGCAGGCGAUGGAAGCCUGUCAAUCAGCAGGUGAUGAAGGUUUCAGGAGUCGUGCUGAAAGACUCUUGACCAUCUUUCAGAGUGACCUGUUUCAGGCUUUGCUGGAUAUUCAGGAGUUUUAUGAGCUGACAGUGUUUGAGAAUCAGACAUUCACACCGGGACUGAAGUACCGUUAUCAUGAGGAGGAGACACCGCCGCUGCAGCACAGUCCAGCUCACCUGACCACAGGAAAGUCUGCAGAGAUGCUGACCGUCAGCGAUGCCGGACACGCCCCCAUCGACGGUAUCCAUGGUUACACACCCCAGAUGCACGGGUCUCCCGCCAAACCGGUGUUGCUCCCCAGCGGUCACGCACCCUUCUAUGCCACCUCCACUCUGAUGAACGGGAUGGACGGAGACGUGGAGUAUGAGGAGAUCACACUGGAGAGGGGUAACUCCGGCCUGGGCUUCAGUAUCGCCGGUGGGACUGAUAACCCUCACAUCGGAGACGAUCCCAGUAUCUUCAUCACUAAGAUCAUCGCAGGAGGAGCUGCGGCACAGGACGGACGGCUGAGGGUGAACGACAGCAUCCUGUUCGUGAAUGAUGUGGAUGUGCGUGAGGUCACUCACAGUCUGGCGGUGGAGGCGCUGAAGGAGGCGGGGCCGAUCGUCCGGCUCUACGUGCUGAGACACAAACCCCCUGCAGAGAAACUCACAGAGAUGAAGCUCAUCAAAGGCCCUAAAGGUCUUGGCUUCAGCAUCGCGGGGGGUGUGGGAAACCAACAUGUCCCUGGAGACAACAGCAUCUACGUCACCAAGAUCAUCGAAGGAGGAGCCGCACAUAAAGACGGGCGACUGCAGAUCGGAGACAAGAUCCUCGCUGUGAAUAAUAUGUAUCUAGAGGACGUGAUGCAUGAAGACGCUGUAGCGGUGCUGAAAAACACAGGAGACGUGGUUUAUCUGAGAGUAGCCAAAACUCUUCAUCAUCAUCAAGACGCCUACAAUCCUCCUGACAUCACCAGCUCGUAUUUUCCUCAUAUGGACAUGUCUGAUUACCCACAAGCCCUCAGUCCCUCAUCUCCACGCCGUUACUCCACCAUCUCUAAAGGACUGCUGCUUGGAGACGAGGACAUUCCCAGGGAGCCGCGGCGUGUGGUGAUCCUCAGGGGCUCCACAGGGCUGGGCUUCAAUAUCGUGGGAGGUGAGGACGGUGAGGGGAUCUUCAUCUCCUUCAUUCUGACAGGAGGAGCUGCAGAUCUGAGCGGAGAGCUGAGGAAAGGAGAUCAGAUCCUGAGUGUGAAUGGUGUGGAUCUGCGUCGAGCGACACAUGAGCAGGCAGCAGCGGCGCUGAAGAACGCAGGACAGACGGUCACCAUCAUCGCCCAGUACAGACCAGAGGAGUACAGCAGGUUCGAGGCGAAGAUCCAUGACCUGCGAGAGCAGCUGAUGAACAGCAGUUUAGUUUCUGCAGCAGAAUCAUUACGGAGCAGCAAGAGAAGCUUUUUCAUCAGGGCUCUGUUUGACUACGAUAAGACGGCAGAUGGUGGCUUCCUGUCACAGGCAGUGAGCUUCAGGUUUGGAGACGUUCUGCAGGUGUUUGAUUGCAGUGAUGAGGAGUGGUGGCAGGCCGGAAAACUGACUCCACACGGAGAGCUGGAGGAGACCGGAUACAUUCCCAGCAAGAGGAGGGUGGAGAGGAAGGAAUGUUCCCGUCUGAAGACGCGAGACCGAGACGCCGUCAGCGGAUGCAGUGAAUACAUCGUCAGCUAUGAGACGGUGAUUCAGACUGAAGUGCACUAUGCACGUCCCGUCAUCAUCCUCGGGCCGAGCAAGGACCGCGUCAAUGACGAUCUGCUCUCCGAGUUCCCCGACAAGUUCGGCUCCUGCGUCCCACACACCACGCGGCCCAAGCGCGAGUACGAGGUGGAUGGCCGAGACUAUCACUUCGUGUCUUCACGUGAACAGAUGGAGAAGGACAUUCAGAGCCACCGCUUCAUCGAGGCCGGACAGUACAACAGCCACCUGUACGGCACCAGCGUCCAGAGCGUCAGACAGGUGGCCGAGCAGCAGGGGAAACACUGUAUCCUGGAUGUUUCAGCGAAUGCAGUGAGGAGGUUACAGGCCACCCAACUUCACCCCAUCGCCAUCUUUAUACGACCCUCAUCCCUGCAGAACAUACUAGACAUUAACAAGCGUGUGACCGAGGAACAGGCCCGAAGAGCUUUAGACCGAGCCGUUAAACUGGAGCAGGACUUCAUCGAGUGUUUCUCAGCGAUCGUGGAGGGCGACAGCUUCGAGGAGAUCUAUCACCAUGUGAAGUCUGUGAUUGAGGAACAGUCUGGACCAUAUAUCUGGAUCCCAGCGCGAGAGAGACUGUAAACACACACACACAAACACGUGCGCGUGAGGACUUGCAGCGGGGCUCAUGGGAGUC